GAGCGCGCACGCAAAUUGUCUUGGCUGACUCGACUACGCAAAUCAAAAACUUGUCCGCGUUCAGUUUCAAUAAAACCGUUCAAAGUUGCGCGCCCGUCACAGUCUCCGUUCUAUCGCACGUGAUAUCACCGUGUCGGCCAAUAGGAACUUAUUUCGCGGAUUUUCUAAGAAUUGCUCGCUUGGUCAUCCGUUCCGAAAAUAAUCCAGUGUUCAGUGGGCACAUACGACUAUAAACCAGUGGCAAAAAUUAUCUAAAGGAUAAACUUAUCAGUGUAUCAAGACUAAAUUGUUGAACCAGAGGACCAACCAUCUUUUGUGAAAGUUUACAAACAGUGUUUUUAUUAUUUUAUAUUAUUUAAUAGUGUACGGUGAAUGUUACAAAGUGAUGACCUUGGUAUUUUUAUGCGUAUAUCAUUGAAAGUUAUUGUGAUGGUUUAUUAGGAACGCCCCAACUCGACUACGACCUACAAUUUAAAAUAGAAUAUGGAAGAAAACGAUUUAGAAAAUGUUGUCAAUGACCAAGGAGUUCAAAAUGAGAACAUUAAUAUAAGUGAUGUCAUUGAAAUUAUCGAAACUGAUCCGGACUUUAGAGAGUCCCCUAAUAAAACCAAAAUGUUCUCAGGCGGACAAGAUAUAACGAAUAACAAUUCACAUAGACAGCCUUCUCAAAGCAACAGAGUAAGAUGUGGCAGAUCCGACUAUCAGGUUAAAAUUGUUGAACAACCUGCUUCCAAAGCACUUAGAUUUAGGUAUUUAUGCGAAGGGCGAUCGGCAGGUUCGAUACCCGGAGCGAGCAGUACUCAAGAGAACAAGACUUAUCCCGCUAUCAAAGUUGUAGGAAAGCCUGCAAAAAAAGCGGUUGUUGUGGUAUCAUGUGUUACAAAGGAUGCUCCACACAAACCACAUCCCCACAAUUUGGUGGGCAGAGAGGGGUGCAAAAAAGGUGUUUGCACCAUGGAAAUUCCGGCAGAAACAAUGUCGGUAACCUUCACAAACUUGGGUAUCCAAUGUGUAAAGAAAAAGGACAUAGAAUCGGCACUGAGGGAACGGGAAGAGCUUAGAGUUGAUCCAUUUAGAACUGGUUUUAGUCACCGGAACCAACCGACUUCGAUAGACUUAAAUAUAGUAAGACUGUGUUUUCAAGUGUUCCUUGUAGAAGAUGGUAAAAAUGAUAAAUAUUCAGUUCCACUUGCGCCUGUUGUAAGCGAACCAAUUUACGACAAAAAGUCCAUGAAUGAUCUCAGUAUUAUCAAGCUCUCUGAUUGCGUAAGCUACGUCGAUGGUGGCCGGAAGGACAUAAUCUUGCUUUGUGAAAAGGUUGCCAAAGAAGAUAUCCAAGUCCGGUUUUACGAAGAAGUCGGCGGUCAGAUAGUGUGGGAGGCGUUGGCCGAUAUCCAGCCUGCGCAGGUGCAUAAACAGCACGCCAUCUGGUUCAAAACGCCGCGAUAUAAAACCCUGGACGUGACAGAAGCUGUCAACGUACACCUGCAACUCAGACGGCCAUCGGAUGGAGCAACCAGCGAAUCCAGACCAUUCCAAUUGUUGCCUUUAGACUCAGGUAGACCUACUUAUUGGACUUACAGAAGGCAUAUGGCCAAAAAAGGAAAUUUUAGUUUGUUGAACAGUAUUUUGGCAGAGAGCAGGAAAAUGGAGAAAAAUAAAAUUAAUGAAAAUAACGCGGUUUUUAAUAAUAAUAAUAAUGUUGUUAAUGAUGAUAUUGAUAUUUCUGAUAAAGAUGAAAGUAUAAUGUUUGUAGAUAAUUCCACCAAUAUGGAUAGUCUUACCACCAAUACUAAUUUGAGUGAAGCCACAGUUACUGACCCCUGGGGAGAUUACUCGGAAGUUCAAAAAGUUAAAGAUACCAUGCAAAUAACUAAUAAUAAUAAUAACAAUAAUAACGAAGAAAAAUCUUUUAACGAAUUAAUAAAUCAAGUAGCAGAAUUGGAUGAAAUUUACGCUGACACACAGGCUAGACUUUUAAACCAAGACCUUACAAAUGUUGCCAAACCAAUUUUAUCCCAAAUCCCACAAAACGAAUCGUUUGAUGACGCUAAAACUUACUCAAGCUUGCAGUUGGCUUUUAAAAAUCCAGUUGAACUAGAGAUUAAUAAACAAUACGAAAUUGCUUCUAUUGAUAAACAUAUGCCCCCACCCAUCCCAAAUAGUAUUAUUUCUACAAAUAAUAACAAUAAUAAUAAACGAGAGAAUAACGAAGAAAAGCUGCCACCUCUACCGCCAAAAAGAUCCAAAAAAAUAGAAACUUACAUAGGUGGUAGCCUGACAAGCAUAGCGCUCACUGGCAAACAGGCGGAAAAUGUACUACACCGUUCGAAUUCAAGCAUAAAAGCGGUACCAAUUAGUCGCUCCAAUUCCUUUAACUUGCAACGCCCCAAAUCUCAAGUCCACGUUUUUCCCAACGCCAACAAGCAGUUACCUCCUACUCCAAACUACUCCACGCUACCAAACCCAAAAAAGCGUGGAUUCUUCUCAAAAUUGUUCGGAAAAAAAAGCAAAACUCCAGCAGCAUCACGCGAUUCUUCUGUAACACCAACAACAAAAAGAAAUUCAUUUUCAACCUCGUUUAAAUCCCUACAAGUAGAACCAAACUUGGGCAAGAGUUCUGGCAAUAUAUCCACUCAUUCUACAAACAGUGUAAGAAUUCCUCUAAAAGACGAUAGUCCUACGAAUAGUACAAAAAAAUUAAACCCUCCUACCAAAGACCUAUCCACUAUAAACAUGGACGAUAUUGAUAUGAACUUAGACUUGACAGAGGCGGAACAUUAUGCUCUAUAUACAACUUUGGCUCCACACGCUACUCAAAGCGAGUUUGACGAAAUGUCGUGUUAUUAUGCGCCGGUAGAAGGAGGCAAAUUGCUUACUAACUCGGAGGUCAUGGCUAGGCUAAGCUCAAAAACAUAGAAACAUAUCAUUGUAAUUGACAAAAAUUAUUUGAAAGCUUUUAUGUUACCGCAUUUGUAUUUUAUUUCAAAAAUAUUAUAUACACAUACGAACAUUUUGGAAGUUAAUGUAAUGUUAACAGUCGUUAUAUUUGUCAAACACUUUUAGCAGUGGCCAAACUGCGGAUAAGAUAGUUUUGGUAUUUAGUUUAAACUUUCUUAUUUCUAUUAUAACUAAUAUACUUAACAUCCCGAUUGUUGCAUGUAAAAAAAGUUAACAGAUUUGCUGCAAAUGUGUGUUCCAAUUUACAUUAAAUUUAAUGUCUGUUUGGAAUACAUGAAUUGUAAAAAAUAAUUUUGAGCAUUUGUUGUGUAAUUUACUUUUUUAUAUUAACAGAUAGGUAAUGCUUUAAAUUAUUUCAUUUUAUUAUAAAAAAUAAUUUUAUUUUAACUUUUACUUAUAGGUUUAUUAAUUUAAUAUUUAUUCUAGUUUAGUGUAAGGCAUAAUAUUUAAUAAUUUAAAACAAUUCUGUAAUAAUUUUUUAGGAAAAAAAGGCGCCAAGAA